AUGACGCGCUUCUUCUAUGUGUCUGUUUUGCGAGAUCCCCUCACGAAAUUUCUAAGUGAGUGGAGACAUGUGCAGCGAAGCGCCACUUGGAAGAGAUCGAACCACAUGUGCAACUCACAGCCACAUGAAAUACGCAGCUGCUACGAGGGCGAAGAAUGGAGUGGAGUGUCCCUUGACGAAUUCAUCAGCUAUCGUUGGAAUCUGGCAUUCAACAGACAGACUCGGAUGCUAGCAGAUCUCUCACUCGUCAACUGCUACGAGUUCAUCACCUACCAAUACAAUACUACUAAUCUCAAUAGUCUAUCAUCACCUGAUAGAGAAAGACUGAAAGUUCUGGAGCAUACAAUGCUGGAAAGCUCUAAGAGUAAUUUGAAGCGAUUGGCGUUUCUUGCAAUUUUGGGACGAAGCUCGGAGUCGCAUAGUCUUAUAAGUGCAAGUUUGGGCUUACACUUUCAUGAAGGAGCCUUUGGUACUCGGACUCCGAAAAGUGGAAUUGUUCAGUUGGAAGAUGGAGUGAGGAAACGAAUUCUCAUGCUGAACUAUUUAGAUAGCGAACUGUUCAACUUUGCAACCGCGAUUUUUAACGAGAGAUUAAAACUGCUAGAAACAAGCUAA